GGUGGUGGUGGUGGUGCUUCUUAUAUAUUUGUAUGUCGAAGUAAGCACACAUUCGUUGAGCAAAACUUGCCAGUUGGAGGAACGACUGCUUGCAUGAGGGUCGAGAAAAUAGAGGAGACUCAAACGUGUGAUUCAAGUGCUGUGUGGUGCUCUCGCCGAAGAUCACAACUACUACAAGUGGACAAUUUCUCUACCAUCCAGUUCUAAUUGUUUAUUUGCCUUUGGGAGAGGUUUUUCGUCCCUUUGGCAUUACAUAACUUUUGAGGUCGAAGCCUGAAGGCCGUUUGCCCUUCAGUCAGCCGGGCCCCCAAGAGUGUCUCUCUCAGCAACUGCGACCCAACCGUGGCUCUCCUUCUCUCGAUCUCCUGUCUCUCCUUCAUUCUAAAAACCACCCAAGAUCCAUCGUGGAGAGAAGAGUAGGAAGACUCAGAUGAUGCUCAGAAGAGAGGAGGAUGAUUUGAUGGUCGAGGCGGCCAUUGGUAACGCUACUGCCACUACAAUGGCUCCUGAAGAAGGCCACAUGAAGGCCAGAAACGUUGGUGGAGAACGAAGACGAAGGAGAGGAGAGGGCCUCGUUAGUUGCUCCAGAAACGCAGAAAUCAUCUUCGAGUGCACGAUUUUCCUGCCGGCAUUGUUUGUCUCUUUCGAAGUGCUCAAAGAAAAGCUUGGCCUUUUUUUAUAGUGCUUCAAUCCCAACUGUCCGGCCAAAUGGACGGAUUAGAAGUGGAGGGAAGCUUUAGUAAAGACUCUUGAAUUGUCCAGGACAAUUGUCGUUAUUAUUUGCUCAUCUCCAUUGUGUACAAGGAACGAAGAAGGAGAACAAAAAAAGCAGUUCUUUUUGAUUCACUGCGCUGGUCCAACCCCAAUUCUGAAGAUAUUGCAGAGCGUAUACCGAGGAUCGACCGGACUUUGUAUGCAAACAAGAGGGUCAGAAACGGAAGGAAGUGUUCAUCAACAACUGCUAGAACUACACAUACUUCCUCCAUUGCCACGGACCUCGUAUUUUUUUCCAUGUGAGUCUCAACUAGACUUGACAUUGGCAAUCCAAACAAAGGGAAUUGAUUGGCAGAGAAAACGACAGAGAUAGAGACCAGAAAAAGGGGCGAUAGACUCACGCAAAUCGCACAUUCUUGGAGCCAUAGUGGUGAGAAUGAAGGGGGAAACAACAAAAUGCAGCCAGAAAAGAGUGAUAGCCAAGUAGAGAAGCAGAAUUCCUUCAUCCGUCACGCCUCACCUGCUCGUCUUCAUUCUCGAACACCUCCAGAGAAUUGAGAAUCAACGAGACAAAAAGUACCAAAUGUUCAAAAGUCAGGAACUCGACCGGAUUUUUCCCUGAGUGUAUUUACAUUUGCCCACAUUUUUCCCCAUCCUCUCGGGGCAUUUUUGGAGCAAGUCUCCACCAGCAAAAAGAAUCACGACGUGAAAUCCAAACAGUCUGGAACGAAUCAUCAUCGUCCGGAGAUUGAAGGGAGGAAGAAAUAGGCGUGGACUUGCACGUGCUUUGUCAUAAUAAAUUCCGCAACUCGAUCAUAUUCGACAAGUUCAAUUUGUGACCAACCAACGCUCAGCUCAACAUUUCCAUAUCUUAUCUGAAGUGCGGCAUUAACGUCUCGAAAUCACCACCUCUCCCAUGAGAUAACAGACAGCUUUCAAAUCGGUGUUACUUUUGGUGUUAUUUAUCGCUUGGGGUCGAGGAUUCAUCACCAAGAAGAGGGUGAAUGUGACCAAGACGCUCUGGGAUCACUACGGGAUCGUUUGAUGAUCGUCCCCGUAACAAUCCCAACAUAGUAGUUCAGCCUGCUCAGAUCCUAAGGUUUCGAUAUCUUUUCCGGGACUCUGUACACAUUGUGGAUAGGGGAAGACAGGGGGAACAGCACUUUGAGCAAGGGACCAAAUCGAGGUCAUAGCUGCGAAAAAUAUUUGGGAAGCUGCUCCACCAAAAAGUGAGCGGAGGAGGAAAGCUCCUGAAAGGAGUAAAUCAUCAUCAGUGAAUAUUACGUUCAGCUCAGAGAGGCUCAGAGUGACAUGUGCGGGUUAGAACUGACUUGCCUUGACUAAUGACAAUUUGUGAAUUCAUCAGUGCUCAUGGGAAGACUCAUUCAAACUCACCGGCUGAGUUCCUAGACCUGGUCCACACGACUGAUUGACUUGAAACUGCUGAGGAUUUGUCUUCUUUGUGAUCUGUCAAACUUUAAAACUUGACGAACUUCCAAUCGAUUUGGCCUUGAGUGUGCAAACGUGUUGGUGACAAUUGAUUGUUUAAGUCCAAAAAAACGAGAAUUCCGCUAUCCGGCAUAAAAUUCCCCUAGAUAUGUGCAAAUAUCAGCGAUCUCAGUCGUAAUCUCAGAUCCAGUUUGAAAACGACCUCGAUCAUCAGUCAAAUCUCAUCAUGAUCUCGACGAGGAGGAUUGUCUACAUUUGCCUGGUGCUUCUUGUCCCUGGAUCCAUGGCCUCGCCGAGGAUUGAUUUUCCUGAGCAACGGCACGACCUCGUCAAAUUGAGCCCUCAAGAAAGCUGCUACUACCAGGGAUACAACAAGAAACUGAUCUGUGUGUGUAACAGUACGGAUACCUCAGCCUAUCUUCAUCUUCGCAUGAAGUAUUAUGAGUUCUCCGAGGGCAACGAGAUCCAAGAAGUGCGGAUUCAGCAAUGCAAGGAACUUCUAGUCAGAUUGGACCUCCGAGGUGUGGAUGCCACCAAAGCGCCCAUUCAUUUCCGUCAGAUUCGCAAGGUCAAGAUCGAGAAGAUCAUGUUUGAGCCCAGAUACAGCGUGUCCCAAGAGUUGGAGCUCGUCUUCGACAAUGUCGAAGAGCUUUUGUUCGAGGAUCUCUUCGUGGAGGACACGCUCAAAAUCCGAGCGAACAAUGUGAAAGAUGCCAAAUUCAUCCGAUCCACAUUCGCUCACAUUCCGCCCAAAGGGUUCCAAAUAUCUCGCGCGAAGCUUUUGGAUAUUCGAGAUUCGACAUUCUUGAGAGUGUCAAAAGAAUCCAUCGUGGUGGAGAAGACCACGAAGGUCAUUGUUCUCAUGAAUGAGAUGACCAUCAAUGCUUUGAUGGUGGUCACCGCCACAGACGGGUCUUAUCUCAUGAUCUCGUGUAAUCGGUUACGAGGUCAGCCAGUCAGUCCCGAGUGCAGCAAAUCCACCACGACCACCACAACCACCACCUCGACCCUGCCGCCUCCUCCGGCUUUGUUGGAUAAUCAGGAGAAUCUGAGGAAAGGCGAGUCAAUCAAGUCCGGGGAUCACGACCACGAGCACUCCAUACUUCCCCAACUCUUGGGCGGUGUUUUGGGGGGCAUCAUUCUUAUUCUUCUGAUCGUGAUUUUCUUCAUAUGCUUUAUGAAACGGAAGCGACGUAAUCCGCCAGAAACCGUGACCGACAAUGGAACCAAACCGGAUGUGGUGGAAGUAGAAAUGGAUAAGGAUUCGGGUAAACCUCCCACUGACUCGCCAGAACCCCCUAAAGAAUCCGAUUCACUUCUGGAACCUCCAGUUCCAGUUCAAGAGGGCGACGAAGACGACGACGACGAGGACAAGCCUCGGUUCUCAGCCCCGAUCUGGUUGGAUGAAAUCCACAAGAACAAGAUUUUCAAUCGUCAGAAGAGCCUUCUGUCACACGAGGGACUCAAAGAGUUGGCCGAGGGAACCAAAGCCCCGGUCAUUCCCGAGGAACAAGAACCGCUUCCAGUCCAUACCUUGCCCUUGAAGACGUCGCCCCAAUUCACUCACAGCGAGGAUGAGAUGAAAGAGAGCUCCAGAACAGAGUCGGAUGAGGAUUUCCGAGAGAAGUUCACACCAGAGACGACUUUAGGGACGGUCAAGAGUCCAGAGGGAUCCAGACACGUGGAGCAAACAUUAGUCUAAACAAACUCUCUCACAGAAUAUAUCUAAUCUAACCUGGUUUCAAUCGAAGCCUUAUUUCUAGAAGCUAAUAUAUUGUGUACUACAACUUAUGUAAUGAUUGACCUGAGCUUGACUGUGCUAUUCAUCAUAGAGCGAAAUAAAUAUAAUUCCUAAGAA